AUGUCCAAACGACGUCUUCUUCGGCGAGAAGUCACCUACUCAGAUGUAAAAGAUGAGGAACUCAACAUCCUCCCCCAGCUUGACUAUUAUGCUAAACAGGUUCAAUUUUUUACUCACCUUCGCGAUAAAAGCGACUGGAUGAGGGCAGUUGUUGCCCAUCAUUUAAACUUGAGUUCACCCGAUGUAUGCGAAGUUUCGGCAAUUGAAGAUUGGCUUCAUGGUAGCUUCAAUCUCUGCGUGCCGAUAACCAUUGGCAGCCAGCAAAACAAGCGAGUUCUUCUCCGGUUCCCUCUGCCUUACCGUGUCGGUGAGGCCUACAAUCCUGGUAAUGGCGACGAGAAAAUCCGCUGCGAAGUAGGGACCUAUGCUUGGCUGCAAGAGAAUUGUUCAGAAAUACCAAUACCCCAGCUUUAUGGCUUUGCCUUAUCGUCCGGGGAAGUGUUUACUCUUCUCGGAUGUUUGCCUUUAUUCUCUCGUUAUCUCUGUCUCGCCCGCCAGAAACUUCUAUCGUGGCUGGGGAAACCUAUUCCAUCAAAUUAUACCCGUCAUCAGUACAGCAACGCUAUUUCCAUUGGGGGGCUGGCCGAUAUUGGCUACAUUCUGGUCGAGUUUAUCGACGAAACACGAGGAGCGAUGCUCUCCAAUACGUGGAAGGAAGGGCGACAUGACCUGAAGCUACGAACAACCCUUUUCCAUGAUAUUUCUCGAAUUUUUCUUAGUCUCUCUCGAACACCGCCCCCCAAAAUUGGCUCGCUAACAAUCGACAGCUAUGGGUUUUUGAAUAUUGCAAAUCGACCGCUUUCAAUUGAAAUACAGCCGCUAGAGAAUGAAGGGAUACCCACCGAUAUACCUCGUGAUUAUACCUACUCAACUGUUGACUCAUACGUGAUUGAUAUAUUGGGAGCUCACGAUAACCGAUUUCGCCAUCAACCAAAUGCUGUUAAUCAUAUCGGAGACUGUGCUUACCAGCUCUCCACGUUAACUGCUUUGCGAACAGUUUUUCAGUCAAUUUACAAUCGGAGUUUUCGAAGAGGUCCAUUUGUGCUUUGUUUCACCGACCUCCACCAAAGCAACAUCUUUGUCGAUGAGCAAUGGCAUAUAAAAUGUCUCGUGGAUCUUGAAUGGGCCUGCUCCCGACCAAUCGAAAUGAUGAUACCUCCCUUCUGGCUUACAGACCAGGGCGUGGAUGAGAUUGUUCCUGCGGAAUACGAUCUCGUCCGUCGAGAAUUCAUGGAGGCUCUAGUCACCGAGGAGGAACUGACUCAGCAGAAGAAUCAUGAUGGAUCUACACCGUUGCGUCUCUCAGGGAUUAUGAAUCGUGCGUGGGAAUCGGGUGCAUUCUGGUACACAGUGGGGAUGUUAAGUCCCUCGGGGAUGUUCUACAUCUUCAACCACCACAUCAAGCCUUUAUUUUGUAAGGAAAAGUACGAUGAUGAGUUUGGUAUCAUCAUGCCUUUCUCUUCGAAAAGAACGUGGGAAGUAUAG